UGCGCUGUUUCUCGAAAGGGGAUUUCCGAGGAAAACACCUGAUUUUCUGAGAAUGAUAGGUCUCCUUUAUUUUGUGAACUCUCAGUUCGAUUAUUCUUAGUAGCCUCGAUGGUGUAUUUAAAAGGCGGAGUUUUCAGUUUGUGUUUCAAAUGUCUCUACGAACCUAAAAGAGAAGACAUAAAAUUAUAAACAAAGUUAGUUACGUUAUCAGUCGGUGAAGUAGGGCAAGGAGGUACAUAUAAAUGUGUCCAAAAGAUCAAAUCAUCGUGUUUGGAUGUAUGGCAGAGUCAGAUUUCAAAAAUUUAAGUCCACACUACAAAAAGGAUUUGAUAGCAUACAAAGACGCAAAGAUUGAUAGACAACUUAAGUUACAAUCUGGUGGUACGUACACGUGUCGGACUUGUCCGAAAAAUACAGAAGAGAGAACUUCAGAUUAUUUAUGUGCCAAAGACUUUAAUGUCCAAAGUAGGAAUAUGGAAUUACUUAUGCAAUCAAACUGGUAUUUUAAUGGAAUGUCGAGUCAACAAGCAAAGCUAACAUUAGGCAAAUCAGACGUAGGAACAUUUUUAGUGAGGGAUAGUUCAGAUCCAAACUUCUUAUUUUCGGUGAGUGUGAAAACUCCUCGGGGACCAACAAGUGUACGGGUAUCAUAUUCAAAGGGAUUUUUUCAACUAGAUUGUGAUGUGAAUAUUAAAUCAAGUGUGCCAAAAUUUGAUUCAAUAGUUAGUUUAGUAGACUAUUACGUAAGAUUAGGAUUAAAUGAACGUAACAAAUGUAGAUGGUUAGAAAGUUCAGGACGCAAGGACUUGCCAAUAGUACUUAAAAAACCAAGAGUGAACGCAGUAACUGAUUUAAAACAUUUGUGUAGAUUGACAAUCAACCGCACUCUACCUGUGUCCCAGAAAAAAGAGGAGAUAGCAACGAACAUUGAUAGAAUUAACUUACCACGGCCUUUGUCGGAGUACUUGAAAUACUAUCCGCAUCUACAUUGAUGAUAAAUUAAACUAGGAUGUUUUUAUAUGAAAUCCAAAGAGACCACACUCUUGUUCUUUUAAGCAGCAUUCUACCUCUAAAGACUAAUGGUGCAAAACUUCGCAGGUAUAACAUAUAUACAUGUGGUGUGUUAACAUACGACGAGUCCACUAGUCGAGACAAUAAUUUGUGUUGGGGAGAAUAAAAGACCUACAAGCUUGUGUGGAUCGAUUAUGAAAUAUUUACGAACAGAGUUUGUUUAAAAAUUAAUUGAAAACAUAUCGAACACUGCCAUUUUCGAAAGCAAUAGUUAAAUAUUUAAGUAUGCAUGUGAAACUUAAAAUUAUAUUUUGUGAAAUUGCUAAAUAAUUUCUAUUCGCAUUCACAUAUAUUUUCGUAACGAAACAUGCAGAUAAUAUCUAUUAAUAAUAUUUUUAACAGUAUUUCGUAAUUUUCUGAUCGAAGGUGACAAAACGUGACAAGAUAGUAAUAGUAUUCAGUGUAUGUAUAUUUAAUUUAUUGUUAAUUGUUAUAAGAUAAAAAAAUUGAGUUUA